GCAUUGAGCCAAAGAAGCGGACGUCAGAGUUGGUGACGCGUUUUUUCCCCUUUCAAGCACCACCAUCGUACCGACACGAAGGGAAGCUCCCACAUAACUUCCAUUUCAGCCAAAGUUCCCUUUUGAACGUUGUGAUUGGGUGGAAGCAGACUCCCUUUAAAAUCCCAGUCCACGCUCAUUGUUUCCCUGUGUAUCGUGCAGGAGCGACCCUUUAAAUACAGAGGCUAACGAGAGGACAUACAGGGUUCUAGAAGCGUGUGUGAGCACAGGAAGGAGGAAAAAACAACACACAGACAGAGACCAACUACACCAAAAGUAGGAUAAACCGACCAGUGCACACACUCCGUGGCGAUAACUUCAAGAGGAUCAUGUUCAAAGGCAUUGGCUCUCCUCGCCACAGAAGGCUGUUGAUGCUGCUGGCAUUUGUGGUGUCGCUGGGCUAUCUCACGUCGGCGAUCUUUCAAAGGUCAAGCUCUGCGAAGUUCGACAAGGUAGCGGAGAACUUUCAGCAGUUUCUUGGUGAAUAUUUCUACUCGGAUGAUAACAACGUGAUAGUGGAGCAGCUGGUGAAGGCAGAUUCCGAUUCGUUGCCAGAGGCUGUCGCCGAACAUUUGAAGAAGACUGGUGGUGCGCUGAUGACGACGUCUAAGAAGCAGGCCCAGUCGCAGGAGUUCUAUAGCAACUUGAUUAGAUCUUUAUACUCAAAGAAAUCAGAGAUACCCAAGCUGGAGCUGGAAAAACGUGCAUCUGACCAUAAGUCGAGUUUCUGGUCGAAGAAGGAAUUGCUCUCCUACCUGGCGAUGGAUCACGAGGAAGUAGCGCGUCUACAAAGUAUUCACAAAUCCGUCUCUGAAUCCUUACCGACAAAGUUUCCUAAGGGACUGUAUAAAGGCACAGGUAUUGUGAUGAUUGGAGGUGGCAGAUUCUCAUGGUUAUCGUUAUUGAGCAUCAAGUCUAUGAGGUCCUUUGGUUGUAAGUUGCCGGUGGAGUUGAUCAUCCCAACGUCCGAAGAGUACGAAUAUGACUUUUGUGAAGAGAUACUACCAGCAUUAGGUGGCUCAUGCGUGCUGCUGCAAAAUGUGCUGGGAACAGAGAUCAUGAAAGAUAUCCCCUUCAAAGGUUAUCAGUACAAGUCAUUGGCACUGUUAGCGUCCAGUUUUGAUAAUACUCUGUUUUUGGACAGUGAUAACGUGUUGGUUUCUAACCCAGAUAAGAUGUUCAACUCAGAGCCAUUCUUGUCAAAGGGGUUUGUCAGUUGGCCAGAUUAUUGGGAAAGAACAACCUCACCUUAUCUUUAUGAGAUAAUGGGCAUUCAAGUUAACGAAACAGUGAGAGUAAACACUCGUGAAUGGCCAUUACCAAAACCAGAGGUUGUCACUGAUCCAGAAGCAGUUCCGUUCCACGAGUUACAAGGUGCAUUCCCAGAACUUUCCACUGAAUCUGGUCAAAUUUUAAUACGGAAAAGUGAUCACGUCAAGACGUUGUGCUUAGCACUAUUUUAUAACCUUUUUGGACCGGAGUUCUUCUACCCAUUGAUCUCACAAGGUGCAGACGGUGAAGGUGACAAGGAUACCUUUGUCAUUGCAGCGAUCAACCAAGAUGAGAGCUACUAUCAAGUUCAUUCGAAUAUCAAGACCUUUGGAUGGGUGGAUACUGGCACGGGCAAUUUCAACGGUGUCGCCAUGGGACAACGUGAUCCAACAGAGGAUUAUGAGAUGUUUGAGGCAAUCGCCAAUUCACAGAAUCCUAAUUGGGAGGAAUUUGACAAGGACCGUGCCAAAGUGUUCACUGUCCACGCCAACUAUCCGAAACUUGAUCCUUUCCUGUUACACAAGGAGGAGAAGUUGAAAAACAGCAAUGGCCAGGACUUUAGAAUGUAUUCUGAUGUUGGGAACUUCCUCCCAUACAAGUUUGAUUUUGAACUUGUCCAGUACAAGAGAAUGAAGUUCAUGUUAUGCGAUUUGAAUCUCUCUUUGAAAUACUUCAACGAAAUUACAAGAGCUGAGUUGUGUCAAUUCAUCGAAUCUCAUUUGGAGUACCUCUUAGCCCAUCCAAUGGAAUUUUCACCGUGAAUCAUGAGAUUGAAAUUGUUUAAAUCGUAUAUCUAUACACUUUAGGGGAUUUUUGAACAUUUGCAUUAUUAACCAAUUUAAUUAUAACGGUGUAUCAUUUAAUUUUACACCUAAAUAUGUUACUGAAGGUAAACCGACAUCCUGAUCA